AUGAUAUCAAACAAUUCAACGUAUAAACUUAGAGCCUCCAAAAGCUCUAAGGAAGUCCAUGAGUUUGAACAUGAUGAUCAGUAUAAUAGUUUAGAGGAAGAAGUAAAUGACUCAAAUAGAAAAAACUCUUCGUUUUCGAAGGAUAGUCGAAGUGGCAAAGUAGUAGGAAAAUCUCGAUCAACAGAAUUCAGAUCUACUAGAAUCAGUGAACGCAGAGGCUAUAGAAGCAGAGGUCCAGGUCCUCCAAACAGAAAAGGAGAACGUGAAUUUGGAGAUUCUUAUUAUAAUGUGAGAAAAUAUGAUUCACGAAAUUCAGAAACAGUUGGUGGAACACGUAGUAAAUUCUACGAACCGGAUAAAAAAAACGAGAUCAAAUUAAACCUUCCAGAAGACACAAGAAUAUCAAAACUUCUCCGCAAGUUGAACAUUGAAACGGACCCAGAUAAUUCAUUAGCUAUAUCAAAAAAGUUACUGGAAGUUUUAUUGAUAUCUGAUAAUGCCCACUAUGUUCGGAAAGCGUUCCAUAUACUCGGCGAGUCUAUGUUCGAAAUACUUCUCGUAUCUCCUGGUCCUAUGGCAAAAAAGCAGGCAGCUAGGGCCUUGGGUCGCAUGGGUUACAUAAUGGGUCAGGAAAAUGACUUUGAAAGGUACCAGUUGUGGCUGUUCAACAAAAUGACUACGAACUACGAAGAAAUGCAAAUCUUGUUGAUGAAGAGCUUGCAAGAAACAUUUGUUCUUGAAGAGAAAAAACCUGUAUUACAGGCGCACAUUGAGAGUAUCAUCAACAAUUUAGUAGCUGCUAUUGAGACAACUGAAAAUGCCGAAGUAUUCAAAGCUGUAUUGGAGGUACUCGUUAAUGUCGUGGAAAUGUAUCAAAAUGAGUUUUAUGAGCAGUUCAGAGAUACCAUAGAUUUAUUAUUUGGAUGGCACGUUGAUCACACUCAACCUUUGAGUAAUAUCGAAUUCAUAUCGAGAAGUUUGCAAAAAAUUUCACAUCACUUCAAAUACUAUCUAGAUUUUUCUGUUCAAUUGAUAGAAAAUUUUUUGGAAGAUAUCACAAAUUUUUCAACUCAAUUGAGUGAAACUGGCGAAAUGAGUGCUUUAGAACACGUUACAGUUCUAAUCCUGGCAAUGAAUACAGUGUUGAAAUGUUUGGGAAGUAAAUUUCAUCCGUCCAAGAACAAUUAUGUUAAAAUGGAAUUCGUCAACUCUUCAGUCUCGAGAAUAAUCAAUACUGUUACGGAAGCACUGGACACGUAUGUCCCUGACAAUUUGACCAUAGCUGCGAACGAUUGCAUUGCACUAUUAUUGGGAUACCUUGAUAACAAAUCACAAACGCUCUCUAACCAGAUUUACAAGCUGAUUGACCUAGAAAUGUCCAUGCUGCAUGAUCUAUCCGACUCCACAGUUAUAUCUUUGCUGAUACUGUUAUCGAAAGUAAUAAAAGAACUCUCCGCUAAUUUACCUAUAGAACUGAUAGAGAAGCUGAUCGGCCCAAAAUCGGAUAUCAUGAGACUGCGGCAUUCACCAUCCAUGGAUAUACAAGACGCAGUGGUCUGUGUCUAUCAAUCCCUGCUGAACUUGAAGAACGUUUCUCUAUUGCAAGAGGCCUACAGAUACGUUUUGGGCGAUCUGGAAUUGGCGUACAAGGAAAUCGUAAAGGAUGUGCCCCCUUUCACCCAAAGCAACCCGUUCACUGUAUCUACCGGACCUGCGGCAGAGGAAACUGUACUCUUUCUGCUGCGAUGUCUUACGCAGCUGGCGAAUGCUAGCUCUAUUAUAGUGAUGUGGGCUCUGAAACCCAGCAUUCUAGAACUGGUUGGGGUGUACAUGGUGCCAUAUGACAAGAAUUUGGCUAAAGUAGCUCCUACGUUGCAGUACUGUUUACUCUAUUUAUUGUUCUCCCACUGCAAGUGCUACAAUCACUUCAUAUCGAACAGCAGUCUUGUGAAUAACAAACAAGAAAUUGCAAACAUGAUGAGCAGGUUUGCUCUAACUGAAGGAUUGAACAUCAACGACGUUCCCAGUACAUCACCGAAUUCUGGAAAUUUUGCAAUAAUACUAGAUAUACUUCAUAGAGCCCUCUCUGUCGAAACAUCACCAGAAAUAACUCUGCUCUUACUUCAAUGGUUAAACGACGUAUUGAUACAUUCAGAAAUGUAUUUGGGAAAUUUAUACGUCCACGAAAAGUUUCUAAGACUAGUCGAUGCUCUAUUGCAGUGUGGGUAUAAUUUUAACGAAAGUAUCGUAUUGUCUGUACAUCACAACCUAGACAAACUUCUGUCAAACAAGCAGUUGUCAUGGUCGAAUAUUUUUUUGGCAAACAUAUGCGAUUUAUGUAAAUUGCACAUGAAUUCAAAUAAAGCAUCGAUAAGAGAAUGCUAUUCGACACUUUCCACGAAAAUUCCUUGGGAUGUUGCGGUAGUAGAACUCAAUAAGAUCAACUCGACCAACUUGGCGAAAAAAAAACACAGCGUCAUGAGGGAUUACAACAACUAUACUGUUCGUUUAACUCAACACUUUCACCUCAACGGAACCAUAGAAGGGGAAAUGUAUCCAAUUCAUUUCAAGAUAUUCAUGAAGUAUUUGCUGGAUAGGGAAAAGCUGGAUUCUACUUGGAUGGAGGAUUUAUUCACUUGUUGUUGGUCCGUCGGAUCAGACUCUCAGAUGAACAUGGAGUUGUUCUACGAUUUGGCACUGAACAAUCGACAACUACUGUAUAAUUGGAUGACACUGGAAGCAGCUGAAUUUUGUGUCAAUUACAAGUUGAGGACGCCUUUGGGUAAACCAAACGAGACUUUCAUGAAGAUUGAGGGCGCACUCAAUCAAGUGGGAAAUGAUCUGAUAACACUGAAAAAAUAUGACAAGAAAGGAAACGGCACAGAAAGAAAUGGAAACCGAGUCAGACUGUUACUGAAUUUCGUAGAAUACAUGGAAAAAGCUAUUUACAAUGCAUCAGAAGGUUGUGCAGCCGCUAUGCCUCCAGCAUCUAAAGUUGUUCGUUCUUUUUUCUUUGCAAAUACAAACACCUGCAAUGAGUGGUUCUCUAGAAUUCGCAUUGUUGUUAUGCACACAGCCUUACAUUGUGGGGAAGUGAAUAUCGCUUUGAGAAACGGACAAUGUUUCCUGAAAGAAUAUGUUGGUCUUGGCAAGACAAACACUCCCGAAUUCGAGAGAGUUCUAAUGAUGAUGACGUUGUCCCUCUUACACCUUAAGGAGCCUGAAGCACUCCAAGGGCUGUAUACUUGGUGUAAAACUACAGUUGGGAAAAGAUUUCCUUGGAUCAAACAUGCGGCCGAACAAGCAUCAAAAAAAUACGAAUUGGCAGUUGAAGGGUAUAAAAAAAUUCUACACGAGAAUGUAGAUGAAAAGGAAUCUAAUGAUGAACAUAAAAAGCUUGAUGUAGACAUACAAAAUUUCAUAAUGGAUCAGAUCAUAAUCUGUUACAAGGAAUUGAGCUGCUUUAUAGAUUUAUUUGAGUGGCAUUCGAAGCAAGAGAGCAUUGAAAAUAGAAGAAAAUACUGGUUCAAUGUGACAGAUUGGGAAUGCAAUAAAAUAUUGCAUGAUAUUGAAUCGAGCAAUCACGCAUUCAGUGAGCUGUCCUCGUGGAAUUACAAAAGUGACAUUAAUACUGGUUGGAGUAUCUAUGAAAGAUCAGCAGCCACUGAAAGUAAUCUAUAUAAUAUUGCUGUGAAACUAGCAUCUGGAAAGGAUAAUGACUGUAUUGCAAAAAUCGAUGAGAGUAUGUCUACAAUUCGAAGCACUAUUGAAGAAUUUGUACACUUGGCUCCAUCCGAAUUCCUGCAGUACUAUUCGCUAUUGCAUUAUGUAGUUCAUGGCCUGAAACACGUUGCUCAAGAUAACUUGGCGAACACCGUAUUCUUGGUAUCAGAGAAUUUCGAGAAUGAAAUACAUAGAAUUGAUUCAUGUGUUCUUCGAAAAAUACUUUGGUGGACAGAAUACUUUGGACAAAUUCAAAACCAAGGCUUCAACAUAUUUUGCAGCAAUUUGCGCUUGGACAUCAUCAAAAGAGCUAGGAAAGAACGAAAUUUCACCAUGGCCAUCAAGAAUGUACAUAAAUUUUUCGGUGACAAAAAUUUCGUGACAGGUGGAGAAAACAACGUAGCUGAGAUGGCCACUUUAUUGAUACAAAAGAUACAAGAUACUGGCGUGUGGUCAUUAGAUAUUGCUAGGGCUGUUUUUGAAAUGAUUAAAAUAUCAUACAGUUACGAACAAAAUAAUCAACAAACCUUCAAUUUAUGCGCUGCAGCAUCUACGACAAUGUCAAAAUACGCCGAGCUGUUUGGUGUGAAUGAACUGCGCAAAAUCAGUAGCAAAAUAUUACUGAAAUUGGCAAGUUGGAUGCAGAUUAACGACAAUGUCUCCCUAACUGAAAUGGGUAGUCCUUUGGGAAAACUGAUUAUGGUUUUACCUGAAAUCGGUAUGGUGGAAAAUAUUGCUUCGAAUAUAAUACCCAUGAACGAAAUUGCAAUUGGAAAGCUUCUCCAAUUCAGCGUUCACCAUUACGGAGCUCUUGCCAAGAGUUGGUACGUUUUUGGUACUUGGUGCUACCGCUGGGGCAAAAAAAUUGUCGAUCACAGCUCUGACAUCAAGAACAAUCUGAGCGAAGACCAUUGUUUCAAAAUAAAGAAAAUCUUACCACCUGACACUUCCGACGAAGAUUUAGCAAAAAUAUUCUUGAUCCUAUCACAAACUCGCAAUAUCAUUGACGAGGAAGACAUCGACUUGAACGAGAUCAGAACAUCAGAAAUGAUACAGUCCCAACUGCAGUCUGUCGGUAUACUGCAAAAUGCCGUUGAACAUCAACUCCAAAGUUUAGUACAGAUUUGGAAGAGCACCCAGAAACGAAUAUACCACUACUACGCCUUGAGUGCUGAUUCGUAUUUCAAGUAUUUACAUCUGGUGUUGCAAUCUGAGAACAUAACCAGAAGUUCUGAAUGCAACACCAUUACAGUGACUCUGAGGCUACUGAGAUUGAUGGUGAAGUAUGCGCUAGAGUUGCAGAAUAUUCUGGAAGACGGCUUACAGAAAACCCCUACCCAACCUUGGAAGGCCAUCAUCCCACAACUUUUUUCAAGGCUGAAUCAUCCGGAAAGCUACGUUCGACAUCGGGUUUCGGACUUGUUAUGCAGAGUGGCAGAAGAUGCUCCCCAUCUUAUUACUUUCCCGGCAGUGGUAGGGGCUCUGGAAGGGGGGCUGAAGUUUGAUUUCUCCGAGAUUACUUUACCAAAGGACUGCCUAUCGCAGAAUAAUGAGUCUGGUGAGGAGAAUGAGGUGAAUGAAGAUGAAGAUAAUUAUGAAAGUGAUACUGAAGAGGCGUCGAAUAGUUUGCAGAUAUGCUUCAAAACAAUGGUGGAUACUUUGAGUAAACAAGAUCCCGAAACAAUUGCCCAGGUUCAAACGUUGGUCAAGGAACUCCGAAGAAUUACAUUGCUUUGGGAUGAAUUGUGGCUGGGAACUCUUGCACAACACCAAUCGGAAAUAAAUAAGAGGCAACAACAGUUAGAAUACGAAAUUGAAAAAGUUAACGAAAACACGAGUUUGGAUAAAGAAGAGAAAGCAUCCUUGAUUGCUGAGAAGCAUCGCAUCAUCAUAAAACCACUAAUAUUCGUUCUAGAACAACUACUCGAUGUUACAAGCGUAGAGGCAGAUACUCCACAUGAGAGACAGUUCCAAGAGAAGCAUUUAGAGGACAUCAAAGAGGUCAUCAAUAAAUUAAAGUCCCCGGAUAACCCAGAAAAUCCGCAACAGUCUCUCUUGCCCUUGAAACAAAUACAAAAGAAGUUCCAGCAGAAGUUCCACAAGAGAGCAUCGUAUUCUUUGAAAAUGCAAGAUAUUAGUCCCGUCCUACAUGCUAUGAAGGAUACAGUUAUCGCCAUGCCUGGACUAGCAUCCAAAGCUAAGAAGAACAUAACCAUCUCGCACAUUUCCAACACAGUAUCAAUCCUCCCAACGAAAACGAAACCCAAGAAGCUGGUGUUCUACGGCUCGGACGGCCAGACCUACACUUACCUCUUCAAAGGUCUCGAGGAUCUCCAUUUGGACGAACGCAUCAUGCAAUUCCUGAACAUAUCGAACACCAUGAUGUCCCAGAUCGCGGAUCCCUCUGGGCCGAACUUCUACCAAGCCCGCCACUAUUCCGUCAUCCCUCUGGGCCCCAGAUCGGGGCUGAUCUCUUGGGUGGACGGCACCACGCCGCUGUUCUCCCUGUACAAACGCUGGCAACAGCGCGAGCUGGCCAAGAAAUCUACGGCGACUAGUGGGGUGUUGAGGCCCUCGGAAGUGUUCUACAGCAAACUCAAUCCGCUGCUUCUGGAGCACGGGGUGAAGAACGUCGAUAAUAGGAAAGAGUGGCCCUUGAGCGUGCUCAAGCAAGUUUUGACGGAGCUCAUUGAAGAGACUCCGUGCGACUUGCUGUCCAAGGAGUUCUGGUGCAAUUCCGUUAGUGCUGACGGGUGGUGGCAGGUUGUCAAACGGUACUCUUAUUCGGUGGCGGUUAUGAGCAUCAUCGGGUAUAUUAUCGGUUUGGGCGACAGACAUUUGGACAAUGUGUUGGUGGACUUGUCCAGCGGUGAUGUGGUUCAUAUUGACUAUAACGUGUGUUUCGAGAAGGGAAAGACUUUGCGAGUGCCGGAGAAGGUUCCGUUCCGGCUGACUCCGAAUAUCAAAGAUGCUUUGGGAGUGACUGGAGUUGAGGGCAUCUUCCGCCUGGCGUGCGAGAACGUGAUGAAGACGAUGAGGAAAGGCAGGGAAACGUUGCUCACUCUCUUGGAGGCGUUCGUCUACGAUCCGCUGAUCGAUUGGACGGUGAGCGGCGAAGUGUUGGCAGGCACUACUUUCGGUGGAUUGGCCACAGACAACACCGCCAGGCACAGCAGAAGGGAGCUGGAGAAGGAGGUCGUCCUGUCCAUGUUCAACGUCCGGUGUACCGAAAUAAGGGUGGAGUGGAACGAGAACAGGGAUGACAUUAUUACCGAGAUACCGAAUAUAGAAAAAAGUCUAAAUGCUUAUUUGGAACUCAAUAUCCGAAUAUCAGAAAUCGAAGAUGACUUACAGGACCUUCAUCAUCAGUUGGCUCUAGUGAAAGAAGCAGAAGCACAAGGAAUUCACAAUCAUCCACUAUAUGCUUUACCUUCACUCUACGACACUUACCAUAAGUCUCAAGUAUCUUUGAGCACUGCCAGAAAAGAUUUGAAUAAUGUUUUGGAAGACUGCGAAAAUCACAUUGGUAUUUAUGCUGGUCUAAUCUCCUCCUUCGAAAGACAGCAAUUUUCUCAGUGGUUGAUAGACUUGAAGAUGAAUAUUAACGAGAAUAACAUGCAAAUUUUUGAUUUGGUGAAAGAUUUCUUGCACAAUGCCGGAAAGGAUGAUGUCGUGGCUCAAUGUGAACAAUCAGAACAAGAAUUAUACCAAUUAUCGCAGCACAUGAACUUGGCUAUCAGAAAGUGCCUCCAGAUAUACCAAGACUACUUCUCCAUCCUCUCGCAGUGUCCGAAAUCCUACAUCGAAUCGCACCGCAUCAACUUGUACCAAAAGUGGUCGAAAUUCCUGAUGGAAGUCAACAACUUCAACAGUUGCGAUAUCGUGUACGACAGAAUACGGGAGUUCAUCGAGUCGACCAAAAUCAUCAACCCCCACGUCGUCAACAUCGCUUUCAACCUGGAGGCUCUCUACAAGGACAAUCUGAUGCAAGUGAACAAGCUCUUCGACGAACUGGCUAAUCUGAGAACGAAAGAGCCGAACAACUCUCUAGAGAAGAUCUACACCGGUGCCAAGUUGGGGAUAAACUCCUUCCUCGCUACAGAGAAAGGGGCGAUCGGGGCAUUCGAGUUCGUCAUAGCUAGCGAGCUGGUCCUGCUCAACAGGAACUUGCUGACGCUGGAAAUAGCAGCGCAAAGGAGCGGUGAUUGGCUGAUAAAGCUGACGUCGCGCGACGGCGAUUGGUUCCUCGAUGACUUGUUCCUACACAGCACCAGAUCGGUGGAGAUGAUCUCCAAUCUGCCGGCCAAGCAAAAUUACGACGAGAACUUCUACAAGAUCCUGGCCGGGAUCAAGAUCGCUAGCAAUAUCUACAAGGGGUUGUACGAUUUGAAUUUCAACUUCCACACUAUUAUACUUCCCGAAUCUUUGAAGAAAAUUCAGUCUGAAGAGCCGUCGGUGCUUGAAUUGAUCAACGACUUGAACAAGGUUGUGAUGGAUAUUGGAGUAUCUAUUCCGGAUGUGAUUGCACAGCUGGAGAAAUUGUUGACCUGUGUUUUAAUGCAAAUGGACUAUGGGACUACAUAUGAUUACAUUUUGGAACGCACGGCUAAUACAAAACAACAGUAUAUGGCUUUGAUACCAGCACAAUCAGAAGCAUUGAGCCAAGGAAAAAUGCUGCUGAUGGGUUUCAAUGGACUUUUCGAUAAAUUGACUCAAGAGAUCGCUAAUCUUACAAACACUCUCGGUAACAUAGAUAUACCAAAAUCAUGGAAAAGACUUGACCAUGUUAAGGAAGCCAGAAACAUUGCACCGCACAUAUUCAAUUCACAUGUCCUCAAUAUCUUGGAAGACAUAUUUUUCCUGAAGCGUCUGAAAUCGAUAGUAGAUUUUUUCACUCUUGCUCAAGAAAUGUGCCUGUCAUUGAAAGGCGUCGGAACCGGCAUAAUUUUCAAUGACGAACAGUUGACGAAACCGAUCAAGCAAUAUAUAGCGGAAUUCAUAUCUAGAAAGCUAUUGGGAAUAUUACCGGAAACAAUAACCUACGCAGUUUGUUAUCUUCUGCAAAAUUUGGGACUGGAUGUCAGCCAUGAAAUAGAACAAAAAGAUAUCGGUGCUGAAAGUAAAGUUCCUCUAGACGAGUUGUAUAGUAAGGCUUGGAAUAUGCUAUUGAAAGACGGCACUUUCUCACAAAACGUCCUCUCUCAAGCCUCUAGCCUAGAAACGAACCUCAAGUUAGCUUGGGAAAAAAUACAAGAGCCAAAGAAGAUCGAACAGAAACUGACUAUAUUGCAAUCGAGUACUUUGAGGUUACAAAGUCAAUUAGCCGUUCAUAACAUGUUGUUCGAUGAAAUUCUACAGUUACACAAUUUCGCAUCGGUCAGAACAAAGUUGAUUCACGAUAUCCAAAGUGAAGUUGGAUCUCUGCAAAAUAUUUACAGGCAAUUAGUGGAGGCGAAAUCCACUCAGGAAAAGCUAAUAGAGAAAGCACAUCAAAGACUGAACUGGGCAAAAGGUGCUAAUCCGAAUGUAGUGGAAAUAUCCGCUGCUUUUGACAAUGCCAUAGAAACUAGGAAUAACAAGUUGAAUAUGGAAUUGAAUAUAGCUAACAAUAUACUGUCAUCUUACACUUCUGUGCUAAAACACGAGUACCUUCGAAGUAAUUCAGCUGAACCCACUAAAGACUAUGACAAACAGUUCCUCAAGUGUUUCGAAACUUGGAGAUUGUCAUGUCAAUACAACGAUUCCAAAAUCGAAUCUUUGAACCCCUCGGAAGAGAGCAUACUCAAAAUGUUUACUCCCGAUUUGGUUAAGGAUCCCAAAUGGCUGCAGAAGAUUUCGGAAACGUUAACAACUACUAUCACCAAAGCCCAGAAAAAACUGAAAGAACAUAGAAAUGCCAGCUUUUCUGACAACGACGACUUGAUGUCUCUUAUGGAUAACUUCAGAUCACUUUAUGGCAUCCAUUGCAAAUUGUAUGCUGAUGUAAAAGGCCUGAUAAAAAAUAUGACGAAAAUAGAUGAUUACAGCGUAGCCACCCAACAUUUCGCGCAAAAGUACCGACAUUACACCGAUAACUUUUCGACCCUGCUCGCGAAAUUCAAGAGAGAAAUGGUCAAAGAGGAGAUCCAAAAUAUAUUGCAUCACUUGGGCUACAUCAGGGAACACACCUCGGACGUGUACGAGAGCUUGCUGAAUUUGGAAUCGGCCAAGAAGCGGGCGGAAUUGGUAUGGCAGAAAGCCUCGACUGACGAUGAGGAGAAAGUGGCGCCUCAGAAACAGGAAAGUGUUUCGAAGGGGCAGCAGAGUAACGCCUACGCGAUAAAGGUGUGGCACAGAGUCAAAAUGAAGUUGGAGGGACGGGAUCCGGAUCCAGGCAGAAAAAGUACUGUUCAAGAACAGGUCGAUUAUGUAUUCCAUGAGGCGAGCAAUCUGGAUAACCUAGCACUAUUAUACGAGGGUUGGACUCCGUGGGUCUGA